AUGUCUGGCGCAGAGGUUCUCGGGAUCAUAUCAGCAGUCAUUGCAAUUGUCGAUGGCAUCAAUCAGCUUUACGACGGCGCCAAGGAUGCCACCGGCCUGCCAGAGGCUUUUCGCGAAGUUGCAGCUCGCCUGCCCCUCAUCAAAAAGAUUCUAGAGUCCGUGGACAAAGAUGUUCGAGGCAAAGGCAGAAGUAAUUCUUCUAGCGAGGUGAAGAGUGUCCUCGUCCAGGCGCAGAGAAAAGCAUCGGAUCUUAAGAAGGUUUUCGACAAGCUCAUCCCGCUCGACAAUGAUUCACGUAAGGAUCGAUACAUCAAGCUUGUCAGGACGCUGGGGAAAGGGAACAAGGUCGAAACCUUGAUGUUGGGGCUGAUGACUGAUAUGCAGCUUCUGGUGAGCAAGAAUGGGCUUGACAAUGCAACAUCGCAGCAGGUUGAAGAACUCCGCAAGGCUUUCGAGGAGAGAUCCAGCAUCAAGCCGUCUGUUGCCAACUCGGAGUUGACCCCCCAAAGCUUCACCAAUAACAACCACGUUGGCGGAACGCAGGCAAAUGACAACAAUGGGGCGGUAGAAGCCAAGCUCAAUCAGGUGUAUGGAAGCGGAGCUCAGUGCCACGAUUCAGGGAAAUUCCAGCAUAUUGAGCGACCCGAAACCCCACCCAAUCCGUCAUCCAUCAUACCCUUCAAUCGCGACAAAGACUUUGUCCCGCGAGGCGAUAUACUCGAUCGUAUCCACCAAGCAUGCGCCAUACCUGGCUCACGUACCGCGCUCGUCGGCCUGGGCGGCGUAGGCAGGAAAUCGCAACUGGCCAUUGAAUACGCACACGAAACCCGGCAGCGAUCAUCGGAUACCUGGGUUUUCUGGGUCCACGCAAGCAACGCAACGCGAUACGAACAAAGUUUCCGGGAUAUUGCCGACCAUGUCAAGAUACCCGGGCGGGACGAUCCAAACAAGAAUAUCUUCCAGCUCGUGCGUGACUGGCUGCGUGGUGGGAAGAACAGAAAAUGGAGGCUGAUCCUGGACAAUGUCGAUGAUGCAAGCUUUCUCCUCGACGCCCCGAGCCUUCUCCAGGAUAGUCAUGGUGGCGAUACUAGCCAGUCGACUACAAUGCGGCUUGUGGACUAUCUCCCGGUUUACGAGAACGGAUCGAUACUCAUUACUAGCCGUAACAGGGGUGCAGCUUUGCAACUCGUGGAACCAUCCGACAUCUUCCCAGUCGAGCCAAUGAGUCAGAAAGAGGCGGAGGCACUGAUUGAGACGAAAUUGGGAUCGCGGCAGGACAAGGAUUGCGUUGCGCAACUCGCAAUAGCUCUUGAAUGCAUGCCGUUGGCUAUUGUUCAAGCAGCAGCUUACAUUUCUCGGAGAGCACCGCAGUGGUCCGCGCAACGAUAUCUUGAACAGUUCAAGCAGAGCGACCAAAGAAAAGCCGGUCUCUUACGGCAUGAAGGAAGUAAUCUUCGGCGAGAUGGUGACGCAAAAAACUCGAUUUUGAUCACUUGGCAGAUCUCCUUUGAUCAUAUCCGACAAAUCAGGCCGUCGGCAGCAGAUCUUCUAGCUCUCAUGAGCUUUUUCGACCGUCAAGGAAUACCGGAGUCUCUACUACGAGAUCAAAGGAAGGCCGGGGACGAUGAAAGCAUUGGAUGCUCGAGUGCCUUUGACGAUGACGUCUUAGUAUUGCGGGAAUAUUCAUUCGUGCAUGCUUCCGAACGCGCCCAAGACUUCCAGAUGCAUCGGCUAGUGCAAUUAGCAACACGAAACUGGCUCCAAGAUUCUGGUAGCUACGAACAAUGGAAGCAAGAGUUUAUUAAUCGUCUUGCAACCCGCCUUCCAAACGGCGAAUACGUGAAUUGGGUGACGUGGCAGACGCUACUGCCUCAUGCUAGGUUGGCCUCUAUUCUACGACCAGAAACGGAAGCAGCAAUUCUAGACUGGGCCACGGUGCUGCAUCAGAUGGGAUGGUACUGCUUCAGUAUGGGUAAUGGGCAUGAAGCUGAGAGAAUUACGACUCUUGCAAUGGAAACCAGAAUAGAGAUACUAGGAAGGGAUGAUACACGGACUCUAUCCACCAUGGGGUUGGUGGGUUUAAUUUAUGAUCUCAACGGUCGAUGGGAGGCAGCGCUGAAGCUAGACGUGGAAGUGUGCGAGAAUCGUGAAAAGAUAUCAGGGCCAGAUCAUCCAGACACGCUACGAAGCAUGAAUAAUUUGGCAGAGACAAACCAAGGCCAACUGGAGGCAGCGGAGGAGCUGCACAAAAAAGCACUGGAAAUUCGCAAGCAGAAACUGGGACCGGAUCAUCCAGACACGCUGCUGAGUAUGCAUAAUCUGGCCUUUACAUUGGAUUCGCUGGGUCGCAUUGAUGAAGCCAUACCAAUGUUGGAACGCUGUGUAAACCUGCGGGAACAGGUAUUGGGUUCAGAUCAUCCAAAGUAUCUGUCAUCGCUUGCGAUUUUGAAUGACUGGAAAGAUGAGUGA